GGGACAUAGAUAGAGACAAAACAGAUACCAUCAACAAUAGCUGCAAUGACAGAAAAGCAGUUACUAUGUGAAGGGAGAGGGAAGGAAGAAAAGGUGCUAGAGUUUCUGAUGAGUAGGCAUACACCACCAUAUCCAUCAGCCCUGUCUUCUCUUAAGCACGAAUAACCAGGGAUUUUGAAUACAAAAUCUGGCUUUAGCCAGGUUUCAGAUAGAGAAAAUAUAAAAGGAUUAAAAGUAUUUAUAAUAUGUAUAAUUUCAUGCUUUUUGUUUAUAAUACUGCGGCAAUUCCAUUGAACUAACUUGUCCAUGUUGGCCAUUAUUAAUAUUAGUAUAAGUACGAAUUAAAUUAGCAGCGUGGGACGGUAUAGAUAAAUUGGGUUCAGAAAGUAAUUUGAUCAAUAUAGUAAUUAACUCUGCUAUUGUCUGUUGUGAAUUUGCAUUAGACGAGGAUGGUAAUGCACAUCCAUUAGAAGGCUCUGGCAUAUUGUAGUCCCUUACAAGAGACUCAUGUGCUACAUGAUCAAAACCUUUACUGUGUUGAGGAGGAGUUCUGGGUUUAGUGAAGACUGUUUUUUUAUAAGAUAUUGUACGUGAGGAUGGUGAACCAGGCAAUACUGUAUUUCCACCAGGAACAGAUUUAGUUGGGAGAGAGGAUACAAUAUCAGCAAAUGAUUUAGAAAUGGGGGGAUGUAAUUUUGACGCUUCAAUAUAGGAUAAGCUAUUCUCUGCCAUUGUUACUUUAAUAUCUGUUUGUCUCACGUACUCUGGACACUUUUUGCUCGAAGCAAAGUGCAGCCCAGAACAUAAGCAGCAAGAUACACAGUCUUCCUCCACAUUACAAGUAUCUCCAGUGUGGCCCUGACCACACUUGAAGCACCUGGGCUUUGACCUACAUUGGACCUUGGUGUGCCCAAAGCGGCAACAAUUAAAGCACUGGAUGGUUGGGUAUAUAUACAAUUUAACAGGCAUAGAAUUAUAACACAUAAAUACACGUUUGGGCAAAACUUGUCCAUCAAAUGUAAACACGACUGUUUGCGAAGGUUUCCAUGUGGGUGUGUUGUUUAUCAUGACUUUAUAGUUUAGUCUUCUAAUUUUCAGAAUUUCCCCACACCCAAUGGGUACAUUAGUGUUCUGCAUAAUAUCUUCAGGGGACCACUCAGUUGGGACUCCCCUAACUAAACCCAUCCUCGUAAUGUUAAAAGUUGGGAUAAAAGCCUUCAUGUUGUUUGUAGCUAAGCAGUUUGAAGUGACAAAGCUGUUAGCGUCUGUAUAAUUAUUAAAAGAAAGUGUCAUUUUAUUUCGGCCAAUACGUUUCAAACUUCCGUUAACAAUAUUUUUGAAAAAAUUUUUUUUUAAAAAUCUGCCAAACACAACUGGGUGUAAUGUUGUACCAUCAUCAUCAGCAGACUGUAUUUUCUGCACGUGUACCACAAACGGGCCGUGGUCAUUGGCAUCAUAACUAGCCCUACCAAUUUGUGUGGAGGCUUUAUGAGACAUAUCAGUGGGAGGAACGGGCUUUGAAGAUGUAUCAGUGCAAGGACCAGGUGCAGGCAAAUCAAUAGUGCUCUCAGUAAAUUCGUCUUUGCAUUGACAGUCCGAUUGUUUAAAUGUUUCUGUAUUAUUUUUUCUUUUCCUUUUGUUACAAUUUUUACAAAUUUUGUGGAGCUGGUUACGCUUCAGCUUCCUUUUAGACACCAAAGAGCAGUCAGAAUCCAUUCCGGAUUCGUUGGAGAUUGUGACAAAUGCAACCGCGGGGGGCGCUGUGCCCCCCGGGUCCGGAGGCUCGUUCAUAUAAAUAUAAAAAACUUACCCCAACUCGAAGAAAAAAAGAAUAAAAUACAAAAAAAUUUAAAUAAUAAUAAAAAUUACAAAUAUAUACAAGUUUUAACUAUUCUGAUCACUUAAUAGAUUAAAAAAAAAUAUUUUUCAACAAAUUCAAACAAAAACCGCGCCCGCCAAAUUCAAAGGUUUCCCGCGUUUUUCCAACCAAAAAGUCUCAAUUGCAUUUAUAAACGCAGUUGUUAACAAAACGCUAGCAAAUACGGCCGUUGUCAGCUGACUGACAAAAGCAGCGCAUGCGCAAUGUAGGCGUGAGGUGAUGGUUUCCUUAUUAGAUAUAAAAUAAUUAAUAAUUGGGAAUUAAAUUGUUUUUAUGAUCGAACAAUGACCAAUAGUCGUCGAGCAGACGAUAAUUGAUCAAAAUUAAUUAAUCUGAGCGAUAGAAAAAAAAUCUAGUAAAGGGGGCCAACUUAAGGGUGAUCAUUUGUUUAAUAAUUAUAAAUAAAUAAAAGACGAACAAACAAUUUUUACAUUCGAACAUUAACGAACAAACGAUGAACAAAUAAUUAAAAAUAAAAAAAUCCGUAAAUCAAAAAAAAGGAGGCCAAAUUCAGUGAGCCGAGUAUUACUUAUCUGUAAGUAGUUGACAUAGCACAAAUAUUAAGUGUAUAAUCUAUGGACAUAGACUGCACUAAUUUAUUUAAUUGAUGUGAAUUUUGCUGUGAAAAAUAUGGUUGAUGUUUUUGAUAAAUUUCCGUUUGAUUUUUAGUACCUACCAUUAAUGAUGGAAUUCACAAGUCUAAUAAUACCUUUGUCAAAAAACAUAUGUCGGACUUGCUUAACAGAAUCUGAUUCUACAAUGUUUAUGAAUGUUCAGGACUUAGUAGAACACGAAAUGAGUAAGGUUAAACUGAUCGAUGUUUUAGUUUUCCUGAACUGUUUAGAGAAUAAUGACGAAGAGAAUUGGCCACAAGGAAUAUGUUCGUCGUGUGUUUCUACAGCUUUGCAUUCCUACAAUUUCAAAUUAAACUGUCUAAAAGCUAAUGCAACCUUAUCUCAAAUGCUUAUGAUGCAAUCUCUGACUAAUCUUCACAGGACUGAAAUAGAAAAUAUUGAUAUUAAUGUUGUUUAUCAAGAUCAUGAAUAUGAUAUUCCACUUUUCAAUAACCAUGCUUCAUUAGACUUUGAACCAUUCUCAUCUAAAGAGUUAACGCCUUUACCUCCUGUUACUGUAAUUAAAUCAACUGAACAACCGCCUAAAAAAGAAAGUGAAAAAAAAUACACAUGUACAGUUUGCUCUAAGUCAUUUACAAGAAUAUAUGGUUUAAGGUAUCACAUGACUAAGCAUGCUAAUGUGAAAAGCUUCUUGUGUUCCAAAUGUGGCAAAACAUUUCACAACUCUGGAUGCUUACGCCAACAUCUCUUGAGCCACAGAGAUAUUGCUCAGUUCAAAUGUGGUUUUUGCAACAAAACCUAUAAAUCAAGGCAGUCAUUGAAAGAGCACUUUCGAGUCGCUCAUUCGAGCAACAGUAAACUGUUUGUAUGUGUUACAUGUGGAAAACGAUUUACAGCAAAAUCAACUCUAGUCAUGCACAUGAAAAGUCAUACUGGAGUAAAACAGUUUGCUUGCCCUAGUUGCCCUAAAGCUUACACCAGAGCUAUUUAUUUACGGGAACAUAGCAUAGUUCAUACUGGCCAACAGAGACCAAAACCAUUUAAAUGUUCCAAUAAAGACUGUGAAAGAAGCUUUGCCACCAAACAUUCAUUGUUGGUGCAUUUUGCACACACUCACACGACAGAGAGACAGCACAAAUGCACAACUUGUUUCAAAGGUUUUGCAACAGCCUCAGGCUUAAAAAUGCAUAUGGAAUCUCAUGCCACUGUGGAGCUCCAUUGCAAUAUAUGCGGGAAGAAACUGUCAAAUAAAAGAGUUCUUCAAAAACAUAUAAAAACUCAUAAUGUUGAUGCCAAUGACAUGAUAUUGGAAACUGUUGUUGAUAAUACUUUCUUCGAACAAGUAUUUGAUGCAAAUAUGUAAAUUACUAUCUAGAAUUUAAAAAACUAAAGAAAAUAAAGCAUUUGUGAUUUGAAA